AUGAAUUUAUUGAACAUCGCUAAACAUCUUCUUGAUUUGGCUCAAACUGAAUUUGGAUAUGAAAAUUGUGCAAUGACUACUGGUGAAAUUUUUAUUGCAGAACGAUUAUUCGAAGUUUUGAAGUCAUUUAAAGAUAGCUACUUCAGUGAGCUGUACAUUUAUGAUUCUCUCGAAUUCGAAGAUGAAUAUGAUGAAACAACUGAAGAGGAAGACAACAGUGGUGAAGCGAUUGAUGAAGCAAAGAGCGACGAUGAAAUGGAUGAUUACAAUGAAAAUGAACAUUCUGAUCUGAGAAAUCGUUUUACAUUAGAUGAAAUGGAAAAAAUAAUCGAAUGGGUUGAUCAACAUUCAAAUACUAGAUUUGCAACUCUUUCCCAUCGUUUUAAAAAGGUCAAACACAGGAAUUAUAUUACAAAAUUUAGAGAAUAUAUCGAAAAUAAUGGGACAAGAAUAGAAAAAUUAAAACAAAUUAAAGAAUUUAUGUCAUACGAAUUUUAUCUACAAAGAACAAUUGAAAAAGCAGCCGUUCAUGAUACUGACCUUGAACUUUAUGCAAUUCAAAAAGCAAGAGAAUUGAAUUGGGAUACAUUCAAGGCAAGCAAACAGUUUCUCAAUACUUUCAAGAAGGAAAACAGAAUAUCACCAAGAAGGUAUAAUAAAAUUAUUACUCGAACUAUAUCAAAUAAUGCCCAAAAUUGGAUUGAAAGUAAAAGAACUAUAAUAUCAAAGUAUACUACUCAUCAAAUUUUAAACAGUGAUCACUGUUCAUUUCAACAAGAAUAUGUCUCACCAAGAACUCUUUCUUUUAGUAGUGAACGAACAACAGAAGUAGUUGUUAAACAGAAACAUCACUUAACAUACUCUUAUACAGUACAGCCUGUUACAUCAGCUGAUGGCUGUUUAUUAGGUAAAUUCUUUCUCAUCCUUCAAGAGAAAGGAAAUGAAUUCGGUAAAAAAGUGCAAAAAGAUUUAAUUGUACCAUCAAAUGUUGUAGUAGGAGCUUCAAAAUCAGGAAAAAAUAGUGGUGAAAAACAUCACACUUUUUUAAAUGAAGUUCUGCGUCCUUUGGUUGGUAAUAAAUUUCUUCUUUUUCUUGAUUCUUGGAAAACUCAAGCUGAUCUAACAAAAUUUAGAGCAGUAUUUCCUAAUCAAGACAGUCAAUUAUUGAUUUUUCCUAAAGGAUCAACCGGUUAUAUUCAACCACAAGAUCUUUCUUUAUUUCGCUCAUGGCGAUUUAUUCAUGAAAAGAUUGAGCAUUAUGUUCAUAUCAAUCAAACAGAAAUGACUAUAAGUGAUCGUCAAUAUUUCAUCAACAUUCAUUCUAUUAUUCAUAAUCAAUUACCAGUUCCACAACUUAAAAAUCUCAUUAAGAAUGGAUUUAUACAAGCUCGAAUAACAAAUGAAAGAAUUGGGCAAAUUGAAAAACCAAAAGAUGUUUGCUUCAAAUUUUAUGAUCUGUAUUGUUCAAUUAACAAUUGCAAUGAACGAACACUAUUAAAAUGUGCUUGGUGUGAAAAAACUCUUUAUUACUAUCAUUUGAUUGAAGGUCAACAAGGUGAACUAGCGAUCAAAGAUGUAGGUGUCUUUGCUGGAUAUCUUCGACAUGAUGAUUUAACAGACAAAGCAUUUUUUAAGAUUAAUGAUAAAUUAUUCUAUCGAACAGAUGAUUUUGUUCGAAUGAAUAAAAAUGGUCUUCUGUAG